AUGAUUUCAGAAGAGCUUUUGGAGGACUGCCUCCAAUCCCUUCAAGGCCAAGACUUCGACGAGGAAGAACAGGCCGAGAAAGCUGAGGAUUUCCUGCGAGAGAAGACCUCUUUGUCGGGGUCAUCCCUAGAAAAUGCCGUGCUUGACGUCCUAUGGAGGCAUCGAAAUCGCACCCUUCCAGGCUCCUCUCCUCCUCCUCCCCGGCAUACAGUCAUUCGCCGCUCAUCUCCCGCCCCCUGGCAGAUGGGCCGUUCGUCGACGCCGUUGUCACCCCAUUCAAAUCUAGGGACGAGCCCGGGGAGCACCUCUUGGCUUCCUAACUCACGAGGCGGCUUCUCGCGACCGGCGCUGUCCUCUACAGUAUCACCUUUUACUUCCCCGCGCCCGUCACCCAGACUCGCUCUUGCCCAGCCGAUCCCUCACUCCCCGAAUUUGAACGCAUACGAAUUCUCCGACCAGACCCAAGUGUCCGAUUUCUAUGGUGAUUUUGGUAGCGACAGCAAUGUGGAUUGGCUGGUAGCCGACGAUGCCAACAGUACUACCUCCUCUGUAGGGACACUGAGCGCCAUGGGCCUCAGCGCUACGGCCCCUGAAUUUGUCCCGGAUAUGAGUCCCCAUGAUAUUUUGCGCACAGUGCUCGGAGAUAAAAGGACAAACGAUGAGAUAGAAGCCGCCCUCGAGGCAAACGGUUACGAUUUAGGCGCGACAAUCGCAUCUUUGUCUCAAGGCCAUGAUGGGGAUGGGUUUGUCCAUCACGCUGAUGGCACCCGCGUGGUUGUCGGAAAAUCUAUGGCAAUGGAGCAAGCAAAACCUGGAAGCUCCCCAGGCCAAAUCCGUAGCCCGGUGGUCUGCAAGUAUUGGUUGUCAACUGGCCAAUGUCUCCGCGCCGAUUGCCGGUUUAGCCACGACCUAACCAAUCAUCUUUGCAAAUACUGGGUUAUGGGUAAUUGUUUGGCUGGCGACGGUUGCCCUUUUUCGCACGACCCUUCAGCGCUCGUCGCGAAUCUCAGCGUGACAGACGGCAGUCACCAAGGCUCAACUGGUCCCCAGUUCCACAUAGAUAGCGCCUCCGAAGCAUUCCCUCCUUUGCAAUCCUCGCUAGGAGUGGGCGAUCAAUGGGCGGGCCAAUAUAUUGGCAAAUAUCCAGCUCAUUUAUCGGGUCUUCUGGGAGGCAAAGGUGUUCCGCAAUCAAUGCAACUUGUCACGGGCAAACGAAAUGGAAGUUCAACACAUGGGUCUCGCCCUCAUUCCCGACCCGGUAGCAGGCAUCAGAAUCGUGAAUUGAAUCCAGCCGCUCCGUCUGUGGAUGACCCAGAUGCAUUUCCUACACUUGCUGCUGUCAGCGCCAAAAAUAAGAAACAUCAUGGUAAACGCGGCGCGCAUAAUCGUGAAAUCAAUUCAAAUAAAGAUAGUGUGCCUACAUCAUUAGCAGAUGUCGUACGCAUGUCUCCAUCUCCCGCAGUUGGGAAGGGCAAGACCACAUCCAGAAACAAAGAAGGGGCCAAGGGCCGCGAGAACAGCGCUGCUACCCAGUCUAUCCCACCGCCGCAAAACAUCCCUUGGCUUGAGACAGGCUCACGAGCCAACCAACAAUAUAUCAAGUACCGUACGGAAGCCAUCCGUCAUGGCACAGUCAGGAACAAGUUUCUCCAAAGUGCGGCCCAGGCCUGGAAUCGUAAUGACGCUAGAGCGGCAAAAGCUUUAUCUCUCCGAGGUCAGGCGGAGAACGAAGCUAUGCGUAAGUGCCAUCGAGAAGCCGCGCGGCAAUUAUACGAAGAACGAAAUAAACACAUAGUCAAUGCCGGCCUGGAUGAUUCCUUGGAAGAGCUCUAUGUAGAUCUGCAUGGCCUACACCCCGAGGAAGCAAUUGAAUACCUGGAGAAGAUCCUCCUCAAGCAUGCUAAUGAAGGCCGGCGUGUUAUCUAUGCCAUCACAGGCACAGGCCACCAUUCUAAGAAUGGGAAAGACAAGAUAGGAAAGGCAGUCAAGGCUUGGCUGAACGAGUGGAAAUACCUAUUUCGUGAAUUCAGCGUACCUGGAGAAAGAGGAGGGUAUGUGGGUGGGAUCUUAGGCAUCGAUCCCACGAGUUACGACAGAUCUCUAGCUAAGAGUCUAGAAGACAGUGCUGAUGCAAAUGCGGGUGCAGGGGUAAAUACACCCGUGCUGACGAUGGGCAAGAUCCAGCUGUUGAAGCGGGAGGAUUUGGAGGUGAAACACUAA